AUGUGGCUGCACCCAUUUUGGGACACCAGCCAGAAACUGGUUCCUGGGUGCCAGCAGGUUUACCACCAUAAGAGCCUGUGUCUGGGGACUCUAGCUGAGACUUGCAGAUCCAGUGUGGGGGUACCUGCAGGUUUGGGGGAGCUGGUGGCCCUUGUCUUGCUGCUGCAUCUCGGCCCAUUCUGUGAGGAGCUCAUGAAACCUCCUAAUCCUUAUUCUCAUUGGGAAGAAAAAAAUUGGCAAAAAUGCUGCUCUGCUUACAUCUGUGAAUGCCCAAAAGAACUUCUCAGUCAAAACUGCGAAACUGAUGUCAAUGAAUGUUCUGAAGCAGCAUGUCAGAUUGGCACUGACUGUGUCAAUAAACCAAAUGAUUUUGUGUGCAUCUCUUCAUUAAUACAUUCAGGAAAGUUAUGCAAGAUAAAUGAAACAUCACAUAAUUCAUUUUCCUGGAAGGGUAAUGUUGCAUGUAUUAAAUGUGAAGAAGACUACCAACACAGUUGUAUGUCAGGAUUUACUGGAAAAGACUGUGAGAAAGUAAUUGACCAGUGUAGACUGCUCAGCAUCAACUGUCUGAAUGAAGAAUUGUGUUUCAAUGUAAUUGGAAGAUUCACAUAUAUAUGCAUUCUAAGGUAAACAAAAAAAAAUCCUCUGGGUUUUUUGAAGAAAUUUCACUUAAUUCAUCAGUACCCCUGCUACUGUGGAGCUACCUACCAUGAUAUUUGCAAAAACAACUUUUCUCAAUUUGAAUAUGUGUGGCAAUUUGGAUUAAUGGGUAGCUUAGCAUCUAUAUUACAGAAGAGUCCUGCAAAGAGAUGUAGUUGUUUGAGUGAAGAAGAUAAUCAGGAAUAUUUGUGUCUGUGCAUUCCGAGAUGUGCUGCCAAAAGGUGUCUGCAAAAUACAACUGACUAUGAAGAGAACAGGUGCCAACAUGAAAUCUUUUAUAAAGAUGAAGUCAAUACAUCCAGAUGUAGCUGUUCUUUGGGUUACCUUGGCAGAUUCUCUAUUAUCAAUGUUGAAAAUUGCACAGGAAAUCAUAGUACAUCUUUGCAUGCCCUCUGCAUGGCCUAUCUGCACAACUGUAACUGUAGCUAUCUACAAAGAUAUGAAAGAAACAUCUGUGAAAGACAAACUGAGAAUUGUAAAUCUGCACACUGCAAAAAUGGAGCAACAAAUAUUCGCUUGACUUGGUAUUUCUUCUGCAAGUAUAUUCCUGGAUAUAUAGGUUUUGGAGUCAUUGGAGACAAUCUUAAAAUAUUACAUUCCAAAAAUGAAAAUAGUGAUACCACGGGAAUAAAUGUAUGGCUAUUCAGAUUAACUUCUCUGAAGCUGGAAACACAUUUGAGUGCACAAAUUCAGACAAAAACUGCAGCAGAUAUUGACAAGUGUAUGUCCAAAAGCUGUAAAACUCGAGGUGUAGGAUUUUACUAUAGUUGUCUACCAGCAUGUGUCCUGGUGAUUGCUGUCUUCAUUAGAAAAGCCAAGCACCAGCUCCCACAGUAUGUAUUGUUACAAGAUGUGAAACAUACUAAUGAGUAUGCCUCACAGCCCUUUAAGAAAGCAGCCACCUGCAUUGACCAACCAGGUAAUUAUUUCUGCCAAUACAUAGUUCCAUUUAAAGCGCUUGGUGGCUUUUCCUGCUUAUGCAACUCAAGUUAUGCUGGACAAAGCUGUGAGUGGGACACUGAUGACUGCAUCCUGAAUGUCUGUGAGCAAAAUUCCACCCGCAAAGAUCUGCAUCUUUCAUAUAAAUGUGAAAAACACUGCCAUGCAUGCCUGUCUGAUUGGGAAGGAACUUUUUGUGAACAAGAAACCAAUGAGUGCAAAAAGAAUCCUUGCAAGAACAAUUCCACCUGUACUGACCUUUACAAAAGCUAUCGCUGUGAAUGUGCAUCUGGAUGGACCGGACAAAACUGUAGUGAAGAAAUAAAUGAAUGUGAUUCUGACCCAUGCAUGAAUGGAGCUCUCUGUCAUGAAUCUACCAUCCCUGGGCAAUUUGUAUGCCUGUGCCCACCCUUUUAUACUGGACAAUUUUGCCAUCAGCAAUCUAACCCCUGUGAUCUACUCAAUGAGCCUUGCAGAAACAACGCAACAUGCCUGACUUCAGCAGAUGGAAGUCAUCAUUGCCUUUGUAGAGAAGGAUUUGAAGGUGAACAGUGUGAAAUUGAUAAGAAUGAGUGUCUCUCUCUUCCCUGCCAGAAUUAUGGUGACUGUGAAGAUGAGAUAAACAAUUUCAGAUGUGUUUGCAGACCCGGGUUUUCUGGACCUCUAUGUGAAACAGAAAUUAAUGAGUGCUCCUCUAAGCCUUGCAAAAAUAAUGGAACAUGUGUGGAUCUUGAAAACAGAUUUUUAUGUAACUGUGAACCUGGAUACUAUGGAUCUUUGUGUGAAUUGAAUGUAAAUGAAUGUAAAACCCAGCCUUGUCCAGGUGGAGAAAAUUGUGUUAACAGCACUGGUGGACAUACCUGUCUCUGUGCUCCUGGGUAUACAGGCAUUGAUUGUGAAGUAAAUAUAGAUGAAUGCCAAUCAGAGCCCUGUCUCCAUGAAGGAGCUUGUAUUGAUGGCAUCAAUCAUUAUAUCUGUGCCUGCAAGAGUGGGUUUUUUGGAAUGCACUGUGAAAGAAAUGCAAAUGAUUGCCUCUCAAAUCCUUGUCUACAUGGAAGGUGCAUAGAUCUCCUUAAUAAAUAUCAAUGUUCGUGCGAUGCUGAGUGGACUGGCACAAGAUGUGAGGUCAAGAUUAAUGACUGCACAUCAAUUCCUUGUAUGAAUGGGGGCUUCUGUCAGAAGUUGGUUCAUGGAUUUACUUGCAUUUGUCCACACGGAUACACUGGUACACACUGUGAAAAAAUCAUCCAUAGUUGUCCUGAGCCUGAUCUAAAUUUGGUCCUCUGUCUGAAUGGAGGAAUUUGUGUUGAUGAACCUGGACCCACUUUUAAAUGCAGAUGCCUUCCUGGAUUUUCUGGUCAAUUUUGUGAAGAUAAUAUAAAUGAAUGUACUUCAUCACCAUGUCUACAUGAGGCAAUCUGUGAAGAUCUUAUCAAUGGAUACAUUUGCAAAUGUCAACAAGGAUGGUCUGGACGUCACUGUGAGAAGGAACUUGAGUACAUUCCCCACUCAUGUACUCCCAGGAUGUGCAUAGAAAAUGAACCUGGCACCACUUGUUUCUGCAUACCCGGAUCUGUGAGUUGCUCCACUGUGCUUCCUUGUGGUGAUGAAAUAAGCAGCAUCACCAGUUCACCUCUCAUCUCCCCAAGCAUCUCUCCAACCAUUUUUACACAAAUAUAUACAGUGCCUCCUUCUGAGAUCUUGUUCAGUAUCUUCCCAUCUGCAAGGGCUACAAAAAUAUGGACCAUAAUGAAUACUUAUCCAGGCAAUGAAGCUCCAAAACACAGAGAUAUUUUCAAGCAUGAUGUUCCUACAACCACUGGUUUGGCAGCAUUAAGUAUUGGCAUAGCUUUUGAAAGCUACUUACUCAAAGAACUGAUUUCCACUAGAGAGCUUUCAGCAAAACAGAGUCUUCUUUCUUCCACAGAUGUUUCCUCUUCUCAGUUUCUGAAUUUUGGUGUUCAUGAUCCAGCACAAAUUGUCCGGGGCAAAACAUCUGCAUCACAUAUGCCUAUUCAAACUUCAGCAGCUACACAAGCAUUCUUUUUUUCUCAUCAGGGAGCAAGGACCCCAUUUAUCAUCUCUUCCUUAAUGACAGAUUUUAUUUUUCCCACAUCAUCUUCAUUAUUUGAGGACUAUCACACUGUUGCCUUUUCUGCUGCCACAAUGAGUUCAGUAAUUAGUAGCAUUCCAGGAGCUGAUAUUAAGUUAAACAGGCACUCAUUACUUUCCCAUGGAUUCCUGCUCACAACUGCUUCCACAAGUGCACCUCCAGUUGUCUCUAGGAGGGCUCAAGAGGAUAUUGAAGAAUAUUCAGCUGUUUCCUUAAUUUCAAGAAGAAAGCACUGGAGAUUGCUGAGUCCCUCAAUGUCUCCCAUUUUUCCUGCUAAGAUAAUUAUAUCUAAACAGGUAGCCAUCUUAAACUCAUCAACUCUCUGCCAAUUUAGUAAGCAAACUCCCAUUCCCAGUGAAUAUCGGGUUAUUACUGAAAAAUCUAGCAACCAGAGACUCACAAACAUCAAAUCACAGGCUGCUGAUUCUUUAAGUGAAUUAAGCCAAACAUGUGCAACAUGUUCUAUGACUGAAAUAAAAUCCUCUCAUGAAUUCUCAGAUCAGGUUUUGCAUAGUAAACAGUCCCACUUUUAUGAGACAUUCUGGAUGAACUCAGCGAUAUUAGCCAGCUGGUAUGCACUAAUGGGAACUCAAACUAUCACUUCUGGGCAUUCGUUUUCUCCUCAUACUGAAAUAAUACCAUCAGUGGCAUUCACAGAACUGUCAUCUUUGUUUCCAUCUAAAAAGAGUGCAAAAAGAACAAUUUUAUUUUCAUCCUUGGAAGAAUCCAUUACCCUAUCAAGUAAUUUAGAUGUUAAUUUAUGUUCAAAUGAGACUUGUUUAUCCAUUGUAUCUUCCCAAACUAUGUCUUCAGACUUGAUGUAUUCUGAUUUGACUUCAAAACUGACUACUGAUGAUCUGUCAGUAUCAGAAGACAUUCUUAAACUAUCAAGAUUAGGAAAAUACAGUGUAACUAUGAGUCCCACCGAGGCACUAAAUCAAGACAAUUUAUUGGACAUGAAAGAGGGUAAAGUGUCUCAUCAACUGUUCAAACUUCACACAAGUGUUACCUCUCUAGAUUUUGAAUUAAACUUACAACGAUAUUCAGAUGUAACUUUCAAGAUGUAUUCAGAAAUCACACAUUCAAAUGACCUCAAAAACAAUCAACCACUAUAUGCAAACUCACUAUCUUACUUUGCAGAAGUAACUCCUAGUGUUGGGUUUUAUAUGGUGACAGCAACUCAACCUCUUCCAAUACAGACCUCUUUACCCAUGUCUCUAAUUAGACCAGAUUGGCCAUAUUAUGUGGAUUACCUGACCUUAACACCUGAUUUAAAGGAAGAGAUCAGGACUUCUUCAGAAUGGUCAAAAUGGGAACUUCAUCCUAGUGUGCAUGACCAAGAACCUCCUGCUGCAGGUCAGAUUCUUUCCAUCACUAGAUCACUUACUUCAUCAUCACUGGAGUCCUUCCCAGCGACUCAACAACUGAUGAUUUCUGAUUUCAGUUGUGUUUGCUAUUACGGAGAUUCCUAUCUAGAAUUUCAGAAUGUGUUUUUAAAUCCACAAAAUAACAUCACCCUGGAAUUUCAGACCUUCAGUCCUUAUGGACUCCUGCUGUAUGUCAAGCAAGAAUCAAAUUCAGUAGAUGGAUUUUUUAUUCAAUUAUUUAUUGAAAAUGGUACUUUAAAGUACCACUUUUUCUGUGCUAGUGAAACAAAAUUGAAAAGCAUUCACACUACCAUUAGAGUGGAUGAUGGACAAAGGUAUAAACUUUUUAUCAGAACAAUUAAGAACAAAUUUAUUAAUAUGGAUCCAUUGCAACAAUAUGAUGAUAAUCAUCAUAUGAAGAUUUCUUCUGAGACUCUGAUUUUUGGACCAGUUGAAAAUUUUAUUGGCUGCAUACAAGUUGUGGAAAUCAAUAACCAGGGAACUUUCAUUCCAUCCAAGGCAGUGAAAAAAAAUCACGUUGAGAACUGCAGAUCUCAAGAUCUGUCUCCAAUGGCCUCCGUUGUUCCUUCUGUUAUGAUGCAAGUGACCAAUUCCAGAUGUUCUUCCCUCAGCCUCUCUCCAGCUGCGCCACCUGUCUGCCAGGAAAAUGAGUGCCACAAUGGAGGCACUUGCCACCCCCUCUUCCUGUCAAGCACUGUCAUUUCCUUCCAGUGUGACUGUCCACUACAUUUUACAGGCCGUUUCUGUGAAAAAGAUGCAAGUUUAUUUUUUCCAUAUUUCAAUGGGAAUUCCUAUUUAGAACUGCCUUUUUUUACAACCCUGGAUAAGUCAAAGUUUAUCCCAGAGAAAGAACACAGCAGAAUUGUCACCAUCUACUUGACUAUAAAAACAAAUACUUUAAAUGGAACUAUUCUGUACAGUAUUGGAAGUAAUUUUGGAAAACAGUUCCUUCAUUUAUUUCUUGUGGAAGGAAGACCCACAGUUAAAUAUGGAUGUGGAGGCUCUCAAAAUACCUUGACUCUUUCUGCUAAUUAUAGCAUUAACAACAAUGAAUUCAUCCCUAUCACCAUACGCUUCACAAUGCCGGGUGACAGUCCUGGGUUUGCCUGUAUGAUUGAAAUGGCUGUAUAUGGAAAACCUCCAUUAUGGAAAAAAGACACAGAGGUUCCGGAUACCUCUCAGGUGUAUUUUGAAUCAAUGUUCCUUGGUCAUGUCCCUGAAAAUAUAAAGAUCCAUAAGCAUAUGGGCCAUAUUCAGGGGUUCCAGGGCUGCAUUAGAGAACUUCAAGUAAACAACAAAGAAUUCUUCAUUAUUGAUGAAGCACUUCGUGGGAAGAACAUCAAGAACUGCCAUGUGCCCUGGUGUGCUCGUCAUCUAUGCCAUAACAAUGGCACUUGCAUCAGUGAUAGUGACAACUGGUUUUGUGAGUGUCCAAGGCUGUACUCAGGGAAGCUGUGCCAGUUUGCAAGUUGUGAAAACAACCCAUGUGGAAAUGGUGCCACCUGUGUUCCCAAAUCCGGAACAGACUUUGUCUGCCUCUGUCCGUAUGGGAGAUCUGGACCCCUCUGCACUGACGCUAUUAAUAUUACUCAGCCCAGCUUCAGUGGCACGGAUGCCUUUGGAUACACUUCAUUCCUGGCUUAUUCACGGGUUUCAGACAUCAGCUUCAGUUAUGAAUUCCACUUGAAGUUUCAGCUGGCAAACAACCACUCAGCACUGCAAAACAAUUUGAUAUUUUAUACUGGACAAAAAGGCCAUGGGCUCAAUGGCGAUGACUUCCUGGCAGUGGGUCUGCUGAACGGCAGUGUGGUUUACAGUUAUAACCUGGGAUCUGGCAUAGCAAGUGUCAGGAGUGAGCCCCUCGAUCUGAGCCUUGGAAUCCACACUGUCCAUCUGGGGAGAUUCUUCCAAACAGGCUGGAUGAAGGUAGAUGACCAUAAAAAUAAGUCUGUCAUCUCCCCAGGAGAACUGGUUGGUCUCAAUGUCUUCAGUCAGUUUUAUGUAGGUGGUUAUAGUGAAUACACUCCAGAUCUCUUACCAAAUGGAGCCGAUUUUAAAAAUGGUUUUCAAGGUUGCAUUUUCACUAUUGAAGUUCGUACAGAGAAAGAUGGCCAUUUCAGAGGCCUUGGAAUUCCCGAGGGCCACCCAAAUGCCGGGCGCAGCGUUGGCCAGUGUGAGGCUUCUCCCUGCAGUUUAAUGAAAUGUGGCAAUGGGGGAACGUGCAUAGAGAGUGGAUCUACUGUUUACUGCAACUGUCCCACAGGGUGGAAAGGAGCAUUCUGCACAGAGACAGUCACUUCCUGUGAUCCUGAACACGACCCUCCACACCACUGCAGCAAGGGAGCAACCUGUAUUUCAUUGCCUCAUGGGUACACCUGUUACUGUCCUCUAGGAACCACUGGAAUCUACUGUGAACAAGCUUUAUCUAUAAGUGAUCCAUCUUUCAGAAGUAAUGAGUUAUCCUGGAUGUCUUUUGCUUCUUUUCCCAUUCGAAAAAAAACACAUAUUAAAUUGCAGUUUCAACCUCUUGCUGCAGAUGGCAUCCUAUUUUAUGCUGCACAACACUUAAAAGCACAGUCAGGUGACUUUUUAUGUAUCUCCCUAAUAAACGGUUUUGUUCAGCUUCGCUAUAACCUUGGUGAUAGAACUCUCAUUCUGGAAAGUCUCCAAAAAGUAACUAUUAAUGGAAGCACUUGGCAUGUGAUUAAAGCAGGACGCAUUGGUGCUGAAGGCUACUUGGACCUGGAUGGAAUAAAUGUAACAGAAAAAGCCUCUGCUAAAAUGAGUUAUCUGGAUACAAAUACAGACUUCUAUGUUGGAGGAGUAUCAUAUUUACAUCUUGUAAAUCCCAUGGCCAUAGCAAGUGAACCUGUGGGUUUUCAAGGUUGCAUUCGAGAAGUUAUUAUAAAUAAUCAAGAACUGCAGCUAACUGAAUUAGGGGCAAAAGAUGGCUCUAAUGUGGGUGACUGUGAUGGGACAGCUUGUGGGUAUAACAUUUGCAGAAAUGGGGGCAAAUGCAUAGUUAACGGUACAACCUUUGCUUGCAGAUGUUCACCACAUUGGGCUGGAAAUACAUGUAACCAGUCUGUGUACUGUUUGAAUAAUUUUUGUCGCCACCAAUCUCUAUGUAUACCUAGCCAAUCAUUUUCUUACAGUUGUCUGUGUACUUCAGGUUGGGUGGGAAGGUACUGUGAAAACAAAAUUUCAUUUUCAACUGCAAAGUUCAUAGGUAAUUCUUACAUUAAAUUCAUUGACCCAAAUUACAGAACAAGAGACCUUCAGUUCACAACUGUAUCCUUAAAUUUCAGUACUACUGAAACAGAAGGCUUAAUUAUAUGGAUGGGAAAAGCUCAAAAUGAAGAAAAUGACUUUCUAGCUAUUGGUCUUUAUAAUAAAAUCUUGAAAAUAGCAGUUAACCUAGGAGAAAGAGUCUCUGUAUCCAUGAGCUAUAGCAAAGCCACAUUCUGUUGCAACAAAUGGCACCAUAUACUUAUAAUUCAAAAUCAAACUCUUAUUAAAGCUUACCUAGAUAACAGUCUAAUCAUUUCUGAGGACAUUGAUCCACACAAAAAGUUUGUUGCCCUAAACUACGAUGGUAUCUCCUAUUUAGGAGGCUUUGAAUAUGGUCGAAAGGUAAAUGUUGUUACUCAGGAGAUUUUUAAGAGAGACUUCAUUGGCAAAAUUAAAGAUGUUGUAUUUUUUCAGGAUCCACAAAAAAUUGACUUAAUUAAAUCUGAGGGAUACAAUGUUUAUAAUGGAGAUGAAAAAAAUUAG